AUGCGCACUGCGCCGCGGCUCGCAGCCCGGUCGGCGGCGACGUCACGGCCCUCGCCCAUUCUAACCUACAUAGACGACCGGCGACGUACCCUCUCGGGCGCGCCCGCCAGGUCCCCGGCCGCCACGCCUCCUCGCCCCCCACCAGCACCGCCCUCCCGGGCCUCGGCGCGGCCGCGCGCCGCCGGGUCGUGCUACCUGUGUGACCUGCCCCGCAUGCCCUGGGCCAUGAUCUGGGACUUCACCGAGCCCGUGUGCCGGGGCUGCGUCAACUACGAGGGCGCCGACCGCGUUGAGUUCGUCAUCGAGACGGCUCGCCAGCUCAAGCGGGCGCACGGCUGCUUCCAGGAGGGCCGCUCCCCGCCCGGCGCCAGCGCUUCGGCCACCAAGCCGCCGCCGCCGCUCUCGGCCAAAGACAUCCUCCUGCAGCAGCAGCAGCACCUGGGCCACGGCCCCCCCGAGGCGGCCUCGCGAGGCCCGCAGGGCCUGGAGCGCUACCCGCUGGCGCCCGCCGCCGAGCGACCCCCGCGCCUCGCCUCCGACUUCGGUGGGAGCCGCCAGGCGGCCGGCCUGGUGCAGCCGCAGCCGCCCCCCGUGAACGGCAUCCUGGUGCCCAAUGGCUUCUCCAAGCUGGAGGACCCUCCGGAGCUGAACCGCCAGAGCCCGAACCCGCGACGCGGCCACACCGUGCCGCCCACCCUGGUGCCACUUAUGAACGGUUCGGCGGCGCAGCUCCCCGCGGCGCUCAGCCUCAGCGGCCGCGCCGCCGCCUCCCUGGCCGCCGUGUCGGGCAGCGCCGCCGCCGGGCUGGGCCCCGUGCAGGCCAGCGAGCUGGGCGCCCACAAGCGGCCGGCGUCAGUGUCUAGCAGCGUGGCUGCGGAGCACGAGCAGCGCGAGGCCGCGGCCAAGGACAAGGCGCCCCCGCCCGCGCACCGAGGCCCUGCCGACAGCCUGUCCGCCGGGGCCUCGGAGCUGGGUUCCGCCGAGGGCGCGGGCAAGGGCCGCGGGCCCAGCGAGCAGGACUGGGUCAACAGGCCCAAGACCGUGCGUGACACCCUGCUGGCCCUGCACCAGCACGGCCACUCGGGGCCCUUCGAGAGCAAGUUUAAGAAGGAGCCGGCCCUGACUGCAGGCAGGUUGUUGGGGUUCGAGGCCAACGGGGCCAACGGGUCUAAAGCAGUCGCAAGAACAGCAAGGAAGAGGAAGCCUUCUCCAGAACCAGAAGGUGAAGUCGCCGCCUCCAAGAUAAAUGGAGAGGCCCAGCCCUGGCUUUCCACAUCAACUGAUGGGCUCAAGAUCCCCAUGACUCCCACAUCCUCUUUUAUCUCUCCACCCCCACCCACUGCUUCCCCUCAUUCCAACCGGACCACACCGCCUGAAGCAGCCCAGAAUGGCCAGUCCCCCAUGGCAGCCCUAAUCUUAGUAGCAGACAAUGCAGGGGGCAGUCAUGCCACAAAAGAUGCCAACCAGGUUCACUCCACUACCAGGAGGAAUAGCAGCAGUCCACCCUCUCCGUCCUCUGUGAACCAAAGAAGGCUGGGUGCCCGAGAUGGGGGGGGCCAAGGCGCCAGCAGUACAGGAGGACUUGAGCCUGUGCACCCUGCCAGCCUUCCGGACUCUUCUCUGGCAGCCAGCGCCCCACUGUGCUGCACACUGUGCCACGAGCGGCUGGAGGACACUCACUUUGUGCAGUGCCCCUCUGUGCCUUCGCACAAGUUCUGCUUCCCUUGCUCCAGACAAAGCAUCAAACAGCAGGGAGCUAGUGGAGAGGUCUAUUGUCCCAGUGGGGAAAAAUGCCCUCUUGUGGGCUCCAAUGUCCCCUGGGCUUUCAUGCAGGGGGAAAUUGCCACCAUCCUGGCUGGAGAUGUGAAAGUGAAAAAAGAGAGAGACUCUUGACUUUCUGGUUUCAGAAAAACCCAAUGAUUACCCUUAACUAAAACUGCUUGAAUUGUAUAUAUGUUUCUAUAUAUAUGUAUAUAUAUAUGUAUGUGUAUAUAUAUACAUAUAUAUCCAGGACAAGGGAAAUGUAGACUUCAUAACAUGACUAUCAUUUUGGUUUUGUUUGUUUUUUAAUACAUUGUGCUUCGAUUUUUUUUUUUUUUUUUGACGACAAAAGGUAUGUACUUAUAAAGGCAUUUUCUUCUUUUGUUAAUGUUAUUAGCAUAUCUGUGCUUUAUUAUCCUGGUGACAGUUAUUGUUCUAUGUAGGCUGUGACUUGCGCUGCUUUUUAAGAGCACUUGGCAAAUCAAAAAUGCUUCUAGCUGUAUUUGUAUGCACUUAUUUUAAAAAGAAAAAAAAGCCAAAUACAUUUUUCUGGCAUUGUAAGAUUGCCUUACUGUCUGUUACUCUUCAUUGCUGGUCCCCUUCUCAGGCUGUAGGCCAGUUGGUGGGAAAGGAAAGGAAAUGAGUGAAGGGGGAAACUUGUGAAGUUGGCCUACCACUGGGAAACAUCAGUGGGUUGACCCCAAGCCAUUCUAGGUAAUAGGAAAGUAGGUUUCUAAUCUACUUUGUUCUUAAAGUUCAGUUCUUGCAAUAUCGGUGACUGAGAGGAGCUGCUGAGAGAUUUGCAGGAGUGGGAGUGGGGGAAGCCUCCACGUUUUGUUUUUAAGACAAAGUUGACCAUUGUUCACUGUUCACGUGAUCAGUUGUAAGAUUACAAUGCCGCAUGCUCGUUGGUUACAUAAUACACAGUUUCAGUGAUGGAAGGUGGUUAUAUUGGGUGGCGAUGUGUAUUUACAGGCAUGGCACUGCCAUUUUUAAACAGAGCCAGGCUCUACAGCGCCACUUCAUCUUGUUAAACGUCGUAGCUAGAACUCUGUUGUUGUUGCUGUCUCUUUUCCAUUGGGAAAAAAAAAAGGCACGAGAAGUUUCAGUGCAGUAAACCUGGAGAUUGUGGGAAUGGUUUUGUUUGUUUUGUGUUUUGUUUUUUUAUCAUUUACCUGUAGUGCUAUUGGCUGUUGCUAGCUAUCACCUACACCCAUUUCUAUUGAGUGUUAAAUACAGUAUGGUACAUUGACUGUAACAGCUGAGAGACACUGCCAGGACUACCUGUGGGCAUAUCAGUGACAGCCCAAAUGUGGGUGGAGGAAACCUAUAAUUUCCUUCUUACAUGUGUUUGAAAUACCAAGUGAAUAAUACUGUUCUGGGGGGGAAAUGAUUAAACUAGUGAAAAUUAAAGAAAUGAAAGGUUUUACAUAAUAGAACGGACCCACUUCUUAUUUUUAGAAGCCUUUUGUAAACUACUUUUCCUGAUCACUUUGCAUCAGUAAAAUGAUUUUUUUUUUAACCAAUAAAUCAACAAUUAUUAGAAAUAGCCUCACAGUGAUACUGGUUUUUCUUUUGUGAUGUUCUGAGUUAACAUUGGCAGGAACACUGUUUUGACCCUCUUGUUCAGGCGUUUGUAACUUGGCCAUAUAAUUUAGGCUGAAUCAGGGCUUCAAGGUCUACUAUAUAUAUAUAGUAUAUAUAGUAUACACAUAUAUAUAUAUGUGUGUGUGUGUGUGUUCACAACCUGGCAUCAAUUUUAAUCUGGAAAUAUGAACAGUUACUAAUUUUUUGUAAUUAAAUUUUUGUCAUUUUUCAAAUUGCUCAAAAUGUUUUUUAAUGGUCAAGUUAUUAACCCUUGAAAUUCAGAUACUGCACCAAAUAAAUGAUUUUUUCAUAGUGUUUUCAAUGAGUGCACCUAUUAAUGCUCUGCAAAUACAUGUUACCAGUCAUUGUUAUAUUACAAACAGACUUGCAUGAUUAACCAGUUUGUCAUUAUACUUAUUAGAGUAUAUGUAUGACUCAAAUCAGACUGGUAUUUGGGAUGUAAAUACACACCAUGCAGAAACAGUUAAAUUUAAAUGCCCAUAAAGACAUUUUAAAUAAUUCACUAUUGUGAUCUAUUGUAUAAAUGUGUAUCUAGGCACUUUAUUAAAAACUGGAAUUUGACCUCA